AUGUCUGAAUCCUCCAAAACGACGGUGGAUCCGCUUCUGAAAAACUUGGAUGGGAAGAAAGAGAGUUUCCGGCGUAAUGUGGUGUCUAUGUCUGCUGAGAUAAAUCAAGUGAGAGGCCGUUUGGUUUCUCAGGAACAGUCUUUUGUUAAAGAAACCCUUUUUAGAAAAGAAGCAGAGACAAAAGCUAAGAACAUGGAAGUGGAGAUCUGUAAUUUGCAGAAGACAUUGGAAGAUAGAAACUGUCAUCUUGAAGCUUCAACUUCUGCUGCUGAAAAGUUUCUUGAAGAAGUUAAGGACCUGAGAUCACAGCUAGCUUUAACAAAGGAAACUGCAGAAACAAGUUUUGCUUCUGCACAAUCCACACAGCUUCAAUGCUCAAUGAUAGCAGAACAACUUGACGACAAAACAAGUUCUCUAAGAGAACACCAAGACCGUGUAACUCAGCUCAGCCACCAGCUUGAUAAUCUCCAAAGAGAGUGUUCUAAUAAACAACUGAGAGAUGAAGUUAUGAGAAUUGAACGUGAGAUAACCGAAGCUGUUGCAAAGUCAGGUAAAGACACAGAAUGUGAGCUAAGGAGACUUGUGGAAGAGGUUUCUCCAAAUAACUUUGAGAGAAUGAAUAGGCUAUUGAGUGUAAAAGACGAUGAGAUUGCAAAACUAAAAGAUGAGAUAAGGCUAAUGUCAUCUCAUUGGAAACUCAAGACUAAAGAACUUGAAUCACAGUUGGAGAAACAAAGAAGAACAUAUCAAGAGUUGAAGAAGAAGGUGGUGAAACUUGAGUUUUGUCUGCAAGAAGCUCGUAGCCAGACAAGAAAGCUGCAGAGGAUGAGGGAGAAGAGAGACAAGGCCAUCAAAGAGUUAAGAGAUCAGAUAACCGGAAAACAGUGGGAUGAACCGGUUUCUGGAGAGAAACCAAAAUUUUGGGAUACUUCAGGGUUCAAGAUCGUUGUGUCAAUGUCUAUGUUGUUACUAGUGAUUAUCACCAAAAGAUGA